UAUCAGUCCCUCUCUUUAAGGCACCCUUGCGAGAAAGCGGCAUGCGCUUGAGUGAAAUUAUUGCCCAGGACUGAGGUCCGUUUUCUCUCGCUCGAAGCGGGGCACAUCAGGAAGAAGAGAAAACUAGAAAACUUGGGCGUCGUCUGACAAACUCCUCAAACGUCUCCGUCUCGGGACGACAGUUGGACACUUGCAGCUAAAUCCAGCCAUGGCAGAAGACCGCGGACAAUGGGGGAGGCAACUGGAGUUCAUCCUGACCAUGAUAGGCUACGCCGUCGGUCUUGGAAAUGUCUGGAGAUUCCCGUACCUGUGUUUUAAGAAUGGUGGAGGUGCCUUUCUGAUCCCAUAUUUGAUAUGUCUGAUCCUCCUCGGUAUCCCGAUGUUUGCCCUGGAGUGUGCAUUUGGCCAGUACGGAGGCAAGGGGCCGCUGACCGUUUGGACCAUAAACCCUACAUUUAAAGGCCUAGGCGUCUCCAUGGUUGCAGCUUCCUGUAUAGUGUUCGUCUACUAUGACAUCAUCAUAGCUUGGUCACUCCGCUACCUGGUGGCCUCCAUGACCAGCACCCUGCCCUGGAUCGACUGCCACGACUGUAGCUGUCUACUCUACAACAAGAACGUGACAGAAGACGAACUGGAAGUCCUUCGAUACAACAACUCUUUAGGAUAUCCUUGUUGUAUGGAGCGACGCUGCUGUCCAGAUUUUCUUCUCGCUGAGCGCUUGUAUGGGUGGUCUUAUCGCCAUGUCCAGCUACAACCGUUUCAACAAUAACAUUAUCAGGGACGCCUUCAUGAUUCCUAUCAUCAACUGUCUGACUAGUUUUUACGCUGGAUUCGUCGUCUUUUCUACUCUGGGAAAUAUGGCAAAGAUCAAGGACCUACCCGUGGGAAAUGUCACCCAAGGAGGUUCUUUUCAGAGUCAGCGUCUGUAUGUUGGCUUUCUUGCUCGGCAUUCCAAUGAUAACUCAAGGUGGUUUUCAUCUCCUUAACCUUGUGGAUGAGGCUGUUCUCGGAUUUCCCUUGCUCUUUAUUGGCCUGUUGGAGUAUGUAGCCAUUAUUCAUUUCUACGGGUAUGAGAACUUCGCUUUGGACGUAAAGUCGAUGUUAGGAUUCAGCCCGUUCAUCUAUUUCCGAGCCACAUGGACGGUCAUUUCCCCAGUUCUGCUGACGGCUGUUAUAGUGUUCAAGGCUUACCAGAUGGAAGACAUUGCGCCUGCAUGGUCCGGCCUUAUAUACUAUCUCAUCGUGAUAUUUGUCCUUAUGUGGGUUCCGCUCUGGUUUUUCUACUACUCGUGUAAGCGAGGACUCUGGGAGAUGAUGAGACCAGAAAAGGAGUGGACCUCAAGAAGGCAGCUAGGCAAUGGCGGAACAGGAGAAGCUGGACUCGAUGAAAAUGGACUGGCGAUUGACAAGAAGCCCAACGGUGACUUUUCCGACAGAGGACACGACAACCAAUCAUUCCAAAAAGAUACUUACACCAACGAAGGGGACUAUACUAAAAACGGUAUCGAAAAUGCCACGAAGUUUUGAAGCUCCGAACAAAAAAAAACAAAAAAAGUGAAGCCCUACCGUGUGCAUAAUAAACACGUGUUACAUGAUGUACAGUAAUUAUGGACCUAGUUCUUAUUGUACAUUACCUACCCAUCGUGCGAAUGUUUUUCCCUGGUUACGAAAACAAAAGUGAAGAAGAGUCAGUAGUAUUUGCAUCCAAACAAAACACGUGAUCUGAUAAUAAUUCCGGCAUUAUUUUAAAUUGUGUUCUUUAAAAAGAAAAGGCAACUGAACACCUUCAUCUCUUUGUGAAAAGGGAUAGAGUUCGGCCUUACUCUGAAGAUUGUAAAUUUAUUUCGUCCUCUAAAAUGCCUUCCGUAAUCAAUGACCACUGUCUGUUGUUAAUAAUAAUUAUAUUUAUACAAUAGAUUUCGUACAUAGCGCUCCCCUUACAAUAAAAUAGGCUACACACAGUUUUCAAUGAUUCAUACAUGCACUGUGACAUACAUUCCUUUUACGUUCCGAAACAUUUUGAACUGUCCUGGAAGCUUUUUAGUGCAAGCUGCUAUUUUACAGGUGCCUAUACACACACUAACAAACUGACACGAUCUUUCGCUGGUUUUCCUGGGUAUCCAUUCUUAUCAGAAUGAAGUGAGGAGAAUUGGUGUGAAGUACAGUGUCAUUCGGUGAUAACAUAUUUUCACAUCGUCAUUUUUGCUUCACUACUGAAUUUGUUUUGCUUACUAUUCGUAGAUAGACACAGCACAGAGCAUGCACGCUGUAACUUCUGCACAAAUAACGCACAGUGUCCAUAAACGUAUCAAAUACGUUCCAACAAGUUUUAUGUGAAGUCAUUUAUGACCGAAAUUGAGAGUUACUUAAGCUCCUUAGAAUAUUGCCUGGCAGCUGACAAAAAUGAUAAUCGGGAGAGACCGCCAAAACAUUUACAGUACAGGUUAAAGUAUGAAUCAAAAUCAUCUGAUCAGGAGUUUCAUAUAGGUAUACGUUCUAAAGAAUAUUUUCUUCUUACGUUCCCUAUAUUAAUAGACACUUUUACUACACGCCGAGCCCCGUGUGUUGGAUUGGAAGUUUUCACAAGUACAUGUACCUGAUCAAGUGUGUAUUUGGACAGAGGCCACUUGCUAAGUCACAGCUUUUGAAUGUUUAAGUCUAAUGUUAUUACUGAUUACAGUAGUUCACAUUUUAAAAAGUUGACAUAUAAACUUCAGCAGAAAGCUGGAAUUUUGACAAGGCCCGCUGGAUGAAACUUAUUGCGGUCCGUGAAUAGAAAAAUACUUCAAUCAAUCUGUUAAUGAUUUUACAGUCUGAAAGGUGGUUGACCAGGACGACUAAAACUUUGUAACCGGAGUCAUUGGAAAGCUUUAAGACUAGAACAUAAAGUGCUAUUU